AUAAAAUAAUGAAUGGAACGGUACACGGGGAUACCGAUAGGAUAUAUUCGUGACAUCAAUGUUAGUCCGUUUUAACUUCAAAUUAAUAAAUUGUCCUAAAGCAUGCAAGAGGAAACGGGCGACAUGGCCAGGCCUGUUGAUCCAGGGCAUUUCUCAACAUGCGAAGCCCGGUUGGACAAGCACAUUGCGGGACUUUGCAGUGUCGAUUUCCCGGUAGCUGUGGUUCUUCCAGCCGGUGGCAGUGGAGAAAGAACGGGGAUAUUGACACCCAAACAGCUCUGCACGUUUCUCAACAGACUUCUGAUAAGCUACACACUUCAAACUUUCGAGAGAGUGCCAUGGAUCCAAAGCAUCGUUGUGGUGGUUGCCAAGGAGAGCUUAGAUUUGAUGAUGUACAUUAUCCACCGCUUCCACCACAGAAAUGUCCUAGUGGUACAUGGCGGAUCUACUCGCCACAGAUCUAUAUUCAAUGGUCGGGCCCUCAGUGAGUGAGAGGGUGGUAUGGCCCGCGUCAAACCAAAGGUGGUCAUCAUUCAUGAUGCAGUGCGUGCCUUUGUGGAAGAGGACUUCCUCUUGAAGAUAACGAUGGCUGCCAAAGAGCAAGAGGUUGCUGGGGCUAUCCGACCUCUGGUUUCCAGAGUGAUUGCUACCACAUUGGAGGGCUACCUGGACCAUUCUCUGGAGAGAACCAAGUACAGAGCCAGUGAGAUGCCCCAGGGAUUCAUCUAUGAUGUCAUCUACCAGGCUUAUCAGAGGUGCAGCAAGUCGGACUUUAAGUUUGGCACAGAGUGCCUUCCUCUGGCGCUGCAGUACUGCAGCACCAAUGCCAAGCCCAUCGAGGGCCCGCCAACCCUGUGGAAGGUGACCUACAAAGGAGAUUUGGCUGCAGCAGAGUCCAUUGUCAAAGAGACUCUCUCCCAGUCGGCCUGUGUUGUCACAGGUGAGUCUGCACAGGCUACAGAGCUGGCCAACGCUCUGCAGAGGCGCAUGAACGCUUUGGACAUGGUAUGGUGAUGAUUAUGACGAUGAUUACAAUUACAAUGUUUGUGAGAUUUUACAUGCGAUCAUCACAUUGAUGUUUCUUCCACCCCUCCGACAACACCCCUCUCCCAGACCAUGUGAGCUCCGCUUGGGUGGGCCCCGGUUAGACUUGCCAUCUGCUGUUAGACCUAUAAUGGAGCUUGUCUGAAGGCUUCCAAACCCUCCUCCCCCCCAUCCCCCCUCUGCCUCUCCACCAUUCCACCUCCCCGACAUGACGGAAAGCAGAUGGCAGUCAUAUAGUUCAUGCCAUGGGAAUUAUCUGAUUAAUUGAGUGUUCAGGGAUGACUCUUCACUACAGCCCAUCAUGUUGAAGGACAACCAGUGUCCCCAUACCGUCCCCGUAUGACAUAUCUCCCGUUCAUUCUCAGUCAGGGUGAAGGGGUCACAGGUUGCCAUAUCGUCCCCACAAAUCACAUUGCACUUCUCCAUUCUCAUGAAUUAUAUAACAGACAUCCCGGCCUCCUACCAUAUCGUCCCCACAUCGCCGUCGAGUCUCUUCCUUCCUGCGUAUAUCGAAAAGUAUAUACAUCCUCCCUCGGUAGUUCACAACAGAGGGGGGAAAUGCAUGGUGGAUGAAGUGUGUUGGUGAACCAGGGAGAGCACAGACACACCGACAGCUCAUCCUCCUGUGAAGCAGUGCCAAGCCCUUCAUCAGGCAGUACGCGUCAAACAGGCAGCGGAUCUAGCUGUCGUGGUGCUAGGCAGACCCCGGAGACGUAUGGGAUCCUAGGAACCUAAGGCUUUGGCUCUGAUUGGAACCAUCGUUCCUUGCACACGGGUGCCCGGUGGGGUCGUGUUGCGGUGCGCGCGUCUGGGACUAGAUACAUCCUUCCCAGGGGUUCGAGGGAGAUGAAAGGAGAGGAAACGGAGGAGUAAGCUUUGUGAUCAGUGCCAUUAAUGAAUCUAAUACAAGGGAUAAGGGAGGUAGAGCCUGAGCUGGAGCUUGGAGGCGAGCACACAGUGUGGUGUGUGUGCAGGUGGAGGAUUUGGCUGCGUGUGUGUUAUUGUGGGGAGAAUAUGAUUAGGGGAUUCUCAUAGCAGGAUGAAUAUGGACGUGAUCCCAUAAUCAUAGUGGAAGAUACAAAAUAAACAUGAAAUUGUAUUAAUAUGCAAUAUAUUAUAAACAAUGUUCUUGUUAGCACUUUUAUUUCUUGUUCUGUACAUAAUGUUGGUCAAAUAUUAUUAUUAUUUUCUUUUUAGGUUUUUAUAAUUUAUUUGUUGCCACAAUAACCCCAGAUCACUUGUCCUCUCUCUAUCUGACAUUCCCAGACCGUUCAAACAAACAGCUUUCUUCGCCAUUCAUAAUUUUUGAUUUAAUAAGUAAACCUAUUAGUGCCACAUUUAUUUCAGUGUCUUGAGACAAAGGAAUUGGAAUUUUACCACAAAAACAUAAUUCUGACAUUACAGUAGAGCUGCCACUGAAACAUCUGCAUGUUUUUUAAAUUUUUAAUUUAGGCUCUGAGUCCAUUUGUGUCGGAGCCCAAUCUAAUAGACAUUAGUGUCAUGAUAGGAAGGGAGGAUCUGAUGAAGGGAGAACACCUCCAUCCCCUCCUUAUCUUUAACAUUUUGAGCUUGGUAUAAGAUAGUAUUUCAUAUUCACUCAAGAUUAAGUACAGUCUUGGAACACAUGAAUUAUAUCCCUCCUUUUUCAAAAAUAUGAACCUUGACCUACUAGAUAUUUAGUCAUGGACACAGCCAGAUAGAUGAACAGCUAGGUCGGGACAAAGCUCACUGAACUACACUUUGAGCACUAUAUUCAAAUCAUGUCUAUCCUUUCUCUUUGUCUGAGUUUCUCUGCAUUUCGAACAAGCAGCUCAUAGUUUGAAAAAGUAAUAGGUAACACUUUAUUUUAUAGCCUGUUUUAAGCUGGGACUUGGUAUUUCUAAGGUCUUUACUAGGAAACAAUGUUGGUAACAUCUUUCUGAAUUGAAACUGAAUUGAAACUCAUAGUUUGGGGAAGUUCUCUUUUUUUCCUCUGGCAGCCUGGAACUUGAUUUCUGCAUCGGUCACGAAAUCUCUGGUGUGUCUUGUACUUGGUCCUUGACCUCCUGUCUCCUUGGCUCUCCCAGACAGACUUCUUGAACAAACAUCCCAUUCCAGAAUUUCAUGCCCAACUAACCUUGUUUAAAUCAUGUCAGAAAAUAUAAUCUCGCAAAUCUACAUUUCUGACUGAUGCUUUUCCCUCAGAACCCACAAGCGACUUAUCUUUCUGGAUCAAAUAACCCUCCACAUGUUUCCCAUAACCAUUUCAUAUUUCUAAUUGUCGCUGUUAUUCUAAACGGUUCAAAGUCAGUGACAAACACAGAGCGUGGAUGUUUGUUUCUGUGUUUAUUUCCUCUUGUGUAUGAAAUGUUGGACAGGACCAGGGAAGAAUUACUGGGAAAACAGAAGAGAUGAACAUGAAAUGGACACACUGACUGUAGCAUGUUGUACAGCUUCAUUUCAUUUGUAUUCAAGGGCUAAAUUCGUGGAAAGAUACUCAGCUAAAAUGUGGUUACAAUUACAGUGAACAAAAAUGCUUUUACUAUUUUGGACUGUGCUGAAUUUUGAUUCGAUUUACAGUGUAAUGUCAUUUAACUUGGCUCAUCUGCAAUUCUGUCCCCAGGCUUCUUUGUACGCUUUAUCAUUCUGCCAGCUCGGAGAGACAAAGAGAACCCAGCAGUGGUUCCUUGUCUCUUUCAUUUGUUCUAAUGAGCAAUCCAGCCAUGGAGAGAAUUUAGCUUAAGAUCAAUGGUGUUCAACUCUAGUCCUGGAGCUACGUAAUGUAUGCUGGUUUUGUCCUUGCUUUCUAAUCAGGGACUCAUUUAUUAUUGGGUAACCAGGUGUGUGGACUGAGACUCUCCGGUUGAAAUGAAUUGAUGAAGUGCCAGGGAGAAAUUAAUUCCUGCAUGGAAAACCCUCUUGGACUGUAGUUGAGCUCCCCUGCAUUCCAAUAUAAUUUAACAGCACUAACUAACAUCACAAUUUGGUUUAUUUCACGUUUUAAUAAAGUAUU